UCAGACGAAAGGAAAGGAAAACUUUGGAUGGCAGCGUUCGACAUUCAUUCAUCCUUCCACAUUCUCGCUGCCACUGGUUUGGUAUACACAGCUUUAUAGUCAAAAGCCUCAUUGUAGCAUUUGAAGCGAAUUUGUUUGCGACAGUCCUUUUGAUGGUCUUUUUAUUUUUAUUUAUUUUUUACUGCGAAUACAAGUUGAUUGCAGCCCAACGAACGCAUUCGGAGACUUGAUUCCUCGAAACGAACCGAACGAAAACGCCCUGAGAGUCACGAUAGAAACCAAAAUCAUGUUCGCCACUCGACUCGUGUCUGCAACAGCAGUUCUCAUGGCGCUGUUCGCAGGAGCUCUUGCAGCUUCAUUACACCUAGCCGGAGGCGAUUUUAGAAUGGGCGUCAUCUACCCGCGGCAACAGGCGAGAGCGCUGCAGGUUUUCGACAAGGCGUUAGGCGGCGCUAAAGCACAGGAGAUAACGCAGUCCAAUGACGAAAAAAGACCUUUCCAACUGGGCGGGGAUACUUUCACCGACUUCAAAUCCGCGGCUGACAGGUCUUGCGACAACCAAAAGAAUGCGUGUGCUGAGCUGUCAAACAGCAAGAAGAUCGAUGCGCCCGUGAGCGAGUGCGACAGGCAAAACACCGAGUGCAAGGCGGCAGCGGCAUCGGCAACACAGACGGCCUUCAAUGCACUUGUCAGCUCCAACGCAGAGUUCGACUUCUUCUGCGACUUGUGAGACACGGCGGUGGGGUUGUCUCCUAUGCUUCAACUUCCCAUGUGUGAAAUGAUUGUUGCUAUUUUAUUUCCUUAUUCCUUUAUUUAUUUGUUUCUUUGGGAGGUUACGAUGUAAACGCAUUGAGAGCAAGCGGCAUUUUGCAGCGCCGGACAGACAUUGUUGCCUUUGAAAGGGUUUUGUUCAUAGAAACACCCCAAAAAUUAUUUUCAUGUAUACCCUACCUCAUAAUCAGUUAUUGUUCUUUUCUCCAUUAUAUUCUUCUUUGGGUGGACGUUACCUAUGAAGGCAUCAGCAAACGUUAAGACUCUAGACUGCCUACCUACCUUAGGUACCUGAAAUGGCCACUAGGCUAGGUUACACCAGAACUACAGCUAGACCAGACAAGACCUGUGAAACGAUGCGACCAUGUCAAAAUAAAAGAGAUCGCGCCCCGACCGUUGGAACUUGUGGUAAUGGCCGUUUCCUCCAAAGUUCGACACGAAUUUAGAACGACGCAACGCCGUGGUGCCGUGCACUCGCGAAAUUCGUACCGCUGGUGUGGAACCACGUCGCUGUCGUUAUGGACGCAAAUUGAAUUGAGGGCUUCUGGACUCAAAGGGGUCGUUCACAAGACCCUGGGGUCCGACCAGGACCAUGCCUCUACGGUUUGCCAAAUGCCAAUUGGUUGUGGG